CCUCCGCAGGCGGUGGCGCGUGAAUCAGUUGCUGGGUACUUCUACAUGAACUGACGGCGUAACCCACCUGGAGAGCUGAUGGGUCAAGGGCUGAGCUGCGGCGAACACCAUGAAAAUGGGCUAUUCCGAGCUGUGCAAAAUGGGGAUUCGGAGCUCGUUCUGGCUAUGCUGGAGGCUGAUCCAACUAUGAUGGAACUCACCACUCCUCGUACUAAAAUGUCUGUUCUUCACAUCGCCGCUGCUUAUGGUCAGAUCGAGAUUCUUAAUAUGCUCUUGGAUCGGUCUGUGAAUCCUGAUGUGUUGAAUCGCAAUAAACAGACACCAUUAAUGCUGGCUACGAUGAACGGGAAGAUAUCUUGUGUGCAGAGAUUGAUUGAAGCAGGAGCAAAUAUUUUGAUGUUUGAUACUCUAAAUCGACGAACCUGCCUGCAUUAUGCUGCUUAUUUUGGCCACUCUGAUUGCUUAGAAGCUAUUAUUUCUGCUGCUCAUUCAGCUCCUGUUGCAGCUACUUGGGGGUUUAUUAGAUAUGUGAAUAUUCGAGACGGAGGAGGUGCUACUCCGUUGCAUAUAGCUGCACGACAACAACAGCCACAGUGCAUUCGGAUACUUUUGGCGAAUGGGGCUCUUGUUUGUGCUUCAACUUGUGCUUAUGGCUAUCCUGGGAGUUCGCCUCUUCAUCUAGCUGCUCGAAGUGGUUCGUUAGAAUGCGUUCGAGAAUUGCUUGCAUGGGGAGCUGAAAGAUUACAAGUGGAUUCAGCUGGGAGAAUACCUUACUCGAUCGCUAUAAAACGGAAGAAUCGAGCGUGUGCAGCUUUGCUGAAUCCUUCAGCAGCAGAGCCUCUUGUUUGGCCAUCAAAAUUGAAAUUCAUCAAUGAGCUAAAUGAAGAGGCAAAAGCUAUGCUAGAGAGGGCCUUAGUGGAAGCAAACAUGGAGAGGGAGAAGGCCAUAUUGAAGGAGAGUUCCUACUCAUCUCCGUCUCCGUUACAAUCCGAUGUUGAGUUGGAUGAUGCAGAAUCUGAGGGGUGCGACGUCGAGUUAUGCUGCAUAUGCUUCGAACAGGCCUGUACUUUAGAGGUCCAUCCAUGUGGUCAUCAAAUGUGUGCCCAUUGCACUCUAGCCUUAUGCUGCUACAAGAAGCAAAACACCUCGAGCACGUGUCUUACCGCCCCGCUUUGCCCGUUUUGUCGAAGCAGCAUUACUCAACUACUCGUGGCAAAGACCAAGGUGGCUGAUAAUCAAGAAUCUGAAGUUAGUUCAUCGAAACCAAGGCGGUCGAGGAAGUCGAAUUUCAGUGAGGGUAGCAGUAGCUUCAAGAGCUUAUCAGCCUUAGGUUCAUUUGGGAAGAUUGGUAGCCACAGUACAGGACGAUUUUCGGUUGAAUGUGGCGAGGACGUCGAUAAGAGUUUCUAAGGUAGCAUCUUCCGAUCGGAAUCUUCUUCGACGGUCGAUGUAACAAAGUCUUGGAUAUGGUAGAAUACCAAUGGUUAUGUUCACUACACGUAUAAAAUCUACUUGAACGUCUAAGAAGCACGGCGACAAGCGUGGUUCAUACGAUUCGAUCGUCUUAAGUAAGUAUAAGGUGGUCGAGUAUGUCGUUACUGAGUCAGGUAUGCUUGGUGAGUACUUUGUUAUGUUUUUGAGUUGUAACAAAGCUUCAUAAAUUGGUCAAUAAUUAGCUGUUUCCUUUACCAAGAUAUUUAUUUUAGGUCCCUCAAAAAUCUUUCUUCCA